AAAAGAAAGAAUUAGCGACUGAGGCAACCCGGAAGUCGUAUUUCGAGGCCAUGGGAUUGUAAAAGGCCUGGAUGAUCGCUCCCCUUCCUGCUUUCGCUUUCAGCAUCGAAAUGGGCUGCUAGGCAACCGAACAACGUCGACAAUCGAUGUUUUUGGAAGAGGGCCUUCGGGACAACUCUUGAUGGAGACGGAGGAGAAUGAAGUUUACCGAUCCUUGUCUCCGCUCGGAAGGAGCCGAUGUUAUUCUAGCAACAUCGAGUGAUGAAAAAUACCCCCCAGAAAAUAUCAUUGAUGGACGAUCUGAAACCUUUUGGACAACAACUGGAAUGUUUCCCCAGGAAUUCAUUAUUUCUUUUCCUAAAUGUGUAACCAUCAGCAAACUUACAAUCCAGUGUUACUUAGUGCAGACGUUACGGAUUGAAAAAAGUGUGUCUAAGGAUCCAGUGGAUUUUGAAGAAUGCAUUGAAAAAGAGCUGCAAUGUAAAGAAGGAGAGCUUCAGACCGAAGAGUUUUCUCUUCCUGAGAUCCAGGCUACGUACUUACGAUUCAUAAUUUUGUCUGCUUUUGAUGCUUUUGUAUCAGUUCAUAGGGUGAUAGCAGAAGGAAUAGCAGAAGAUAUUUAAAACCAAACUUAAUGUUCUGAUUGCUACAUAGUAAUAACAUUAUAUUGAUAUUUGCAAUAUAUAAUCCAUGCAUUAAAAAAGUGUGUGUUUUUUUGGUA